GAGUUUUCUGCUCAAGCUUAAUGACUUUUAGUGCCAACGUGCUGAAACUUUUGAAGUUAAGAAACUUCUCAAUUAGGAGCCUCGCAUGGCACUAAAUUAGUCUUUCAACUAAAUCUAAAUUAGGAUCAGUUUAACUGUGGACUGACUGAACAAGGAUGCGGGACCGGACUAAAGAACUGGGCAAUGCUGCCCAUUCAUCAGAUGAAGAUGAGGAAAGCACAGCACUUGUCAUUAAGCCAGGAACAGGCACUUCAGUUAAGGAAGAGAAAGAGAAUGAAGCCUUCUUCCGAAAGGUUCAAGAGGUCAGAGAGGGUCUUGAAACUCUUAAGAAGAAGGUGUCUGACCUGGAGAACAAACAGAAAACGGUUUUAGGCGUACCCUUGCCAGAGGACAGUAUGAAAAAGGAACUUCAGACCCUCAGAGAUGAGAUCAAAACAAUGGCCAGUGGCAUCCACAAGAAACUGAAGAGUUUGGAACCCAAGAAAAUAGAGGAUGAUGGGAAAUACGUUCCAAUAAAUUUAAGAAUGCAAAAAGCACAGCACGGGGUUUUAUCGCGGGACUUUGUCGAACUGAUGGGCCGGUGUAAUACAAUCCAAGCGCAGUACAGAGACAGGAAUGUGGAGAGGAUACAGAGGCAACUCAAAAUCACUGGUAGUAAUGUGUCAGAGGAAGAGCUGGAGUCCAUGCUUGAAAGUGGACAGACAGACGUCUUCACACAAAAUAUUUUGAUAGAUGCGAAAGCCACGAAACAGGCUCUGAACGAGAUAGAAACCAGGCAUGACGAGAUCAUGAAACUGGAGAGGAGCAUCAGAGACCUACACGAAAUGUUUCAGUACCUCGCUAUGGAAGUAGAGGCUCAGGGUGAGAUGGUGGACCGUAUUGAGGCCAACAUCAUUAGCUCAUCCAAUUACGUAGAGAAGGCUGUUGCAGACACGGGGGCAGCAGUGGUAUCACAAAAGAAAGCCCGCAAGAAAAAGUUGUGGAUCGCGCUCUGCUGUUUUAUUCUGAUCAUAAUCAUCGCCAUAGCUUUGGCUGUGAGUUUUGGCUCCUGAGAGAGUCUCUCUCUCUCCCUUUUGCUCCAAGUCGUGCUCCACAGUUGACCGCGGAAUUUGAGGAAUUAUGUUUUGUGAAUAUUGGACGGAAUUUAUUUUGUUUUUUCAACGCAGUAUCAUUCUCAUACAGACUAGCAAAACAUCCAUACAUUUUCCAGCUCUUCAAUUCACUAUCCUAGCCCCCACCUCCCUCCUUCCUUUUCCAUAUUCACGCUACACUCUCUGCCUUCCUCCUUAACGGCAGAGCGAAUCCUACAAAGGGCCGUGAAACGUUCAGUAUUGUUGCUAAAGAUCUCUCAGAUACUGAGACUGAGUUUUUGUUCAUGAUAAUUAAUAUUGUUUGCACUGUGUUGAACCUUCAGAAGCUCCUCUGGAUGGAGACCUGACCUCCUCCAUAUCAGUACUCUGAAUGCCGCUGACCUUAAAACAAAACAAACAAACAAACAAACAAAAAAACUCAG